CUUCAAUUACUUUGCUUUUGACUUUCCAAUUGGAUUAUCCAUUCAGGAAAAUUACCAACGCAAUCGCGCAAAUAAGGACUCUUUUCCUUAACUUGCGACUUUGCAUCAACCACCACGUCUGGUUUAGACAUCGUGUUACUCGCCCUCUUUACUCAAACUAGCAUCACGCUUUGCACCAGAUCCCCAUAGCCGUCGCCUGUCAGUGCUAAGAGCUCUGUCUACUACACCCUUGUGUCUUCUUUCAGCAAUAAUGUCGACCCAACCGGCACUCUUGGUUCAUCCACGCCUCUGGCUAAUUCCUGUGCGUGCAGGAUAUCAGGAGAAAUGGGACCAGAAGAGAAACCAGGCGCCUUACGAGGAUAUUAUGCGCAUGCUACUUUCUUGGCUGUCUAAGUUGAUGGUCUAUACCCACCUGCAACAUAACGCGAGUUCGGAAUACUAUACCAACUCCGACUAUGAGGUGUCCCCUGGCGCAAGUAUUUGUGAACUUGCCGAACCAGAGGAGUUCCUGCCAUCAGGGGAUGACCCAAUCCACAUUCCGUCUCCCCGAAAGGACUACUAUUUGAAAUUGCAAGGCGAAGAUCAUUUUAGCCAUGUCGUUCAUGCCAGCGACAUCAACUCAGACACAUUCUGUGGUUUUGUUCGGGUCUUCGUGGCUGAUAGGCCGUUUUACGACCCAAGCGGCCCCCCAGAAUGGUCAGCCGUAUACAAAGCGCUGUACGAGAUUUGUGGCCGCAGGUACGCGCAGAGCCUCUCGGAAGACGGUCAUUCGAUACUUCAUCCGGUGAAGGUGCUCGAUACGAAUGAAGUUGCGGAGCUACUCGUUAAUUCGGAAGGCGUCAUUGGUAGACGCACCACAUACGAAACUCUGAAGGUUAGGAUCUUUGAGGAAGCGAACUCGUACAGCGAGACGGAAUUUUCAGCCCUCCCUCCACCUCGGCCUAUAUGCAAGCGACCUACAAGUGUUGGCCAUUUGCCGGGCUGCAAGUGCACGAAGGUUUGGGGAUGAAAGGAAUCCAUCAUUCUGCGAACUCUAACCAAGGCGAUCAUCCAACCUUACUGGACAUAUCAAACGGAGCACCUCUAACACUCACCGCAUAUAAAUGUGCCAUCUACGCUGGAACGAUCACAUAUGAAUAUGAAUAUUCUUCCCGAUAACUUUCUACCAGUUGUUAUUUGUAGCGAAAUACCUUGGACGCCUACUGGUCACGAAAUCGGCCACUGUGGGGACAAUGUACAUAGGAACAAUCCCGAUUACCCUUUCCCCCUCCCCUCUCUUACACACCAAUAGUAUGUUCUAGUAGAAGGAUUGGCGAAGCGCGCUGCAAAAUGACUUCAAAGCUAAUGUACCUUGGUCAGACUAUAAUUCGAAUUGUGUAUUGCUUAGUGCAUUAUAUCAAACUCAAGUAAAAUAACUCAAUCAGAGAUUUCCAGAUUUGGUUUGCUCGGUUAUCCUGCAGAUGAUCGAUGGCGCCUGGAUUGGUAGACGAUGAUCAAAAUCCGAGUCCAGGCGUUUCUGGAAGAGUCAUGGAAAACGGAAGCAUUUGUAAAAGUACCAUAUGCUAAUUCAAGUUCCAAGACUUUGCCUGCUAUUGAAAGGGACAUGAGAACAGUCUUCUCGACAGCAGUUACGGAGAAGCCCGAUGGUUAUUCAGUGGUGAUUAAGAAAAGUACCUUCAUUGAAAUGCACGGGUGAGAAAGGAAGAAAGAUUCCGUGGGUAUACCUCGGCAUUGCAUUUCUUCAGGAAAUCACAAAGCAUCUCCGGCGGCGAACCGGUGCGAGAUGGGGAGACGCAGUUCAACAGUUACUACCAAGUUGACGAACGUGUCCGGUAUCUGGUUGACUGGGAGAUAUUCGCGGGUCCAGGCUGC